UCCUGGUAUUCUGGAGAGUCACCCCUUGAUUGCUGCACACUUUUUUCCUGACCAGUGGCUGAUUUGUAGUUUGUACCACCAAAAGAUUGACUGAGUUUUCAAAUUUUUUCAUAUUUCCCAUUCAUUUCCUAUUCCUUUUUGACUGCAAAGAAGGUAAGUGUGACUAUUUUUUUUUUGACUCUUUAAAUUAUGCCCAUGAUUUUUUUGUGUUCAUAUCGCUAAUGUAACAAAAGUCACCAAGAGUCAUCUUAUUCCGAUGAAGCUACGAUUUUUUACAUUUCAAAAAUUUUCAAAAAAAUAAUUUCAGUCAAAAAUGACUGAAGAGGGCCAGAGGGUUAAACGUGUUAUGAAACCAUAUUUCAAAGUAGUGUAUUAAAGUAAGAUACCAAGUAGUCUGCACCACUAAUCUCACCACAAAUUUGUCUUCUCAACACUCUUCUGCAGGCGGAUGUCCACCACUCACUGAUGAUGUCUGAUAGCUGCAGAUACACCAAGUUUGCUAAUGACACCACAUUUAGGCCCUUAUCACAACAAAUCAGCCUUUACUGAUGAAAUACCAGACUUUACUGUCUAGUAUAAAAUCAACAGGACCAAGAAGACAGUGCAAGAUCGAGACUCGACUUGUUCAAGUGAAACAACAGCUCAAAAAAUGGAAAACACCAGUUCUGAAGCUGAAAACAUGACCGGAGGCACAGCACAUAACACCACUAUGCAGCAAGAGGGAUUUACAAGCUUUGAGAUAUUUUCAUUAUGCAUUUUCAUUGCCACCUGUGUAGUGGGUCUCAUUGGAAAUGGGCUUGUAAUAUUUCUGACUGGCUGCAGAAUGAAGACAACCGUCAACUCCAUUUGGUUUCUCAACUUGGCGACUGCAGACUUCACCUUCAUGUUGUUUUCAGUCAUAAAUGUUCUGGGCAAGAGUCGAUUAAAUAUAAUAAACGUUUUAUUUUUAUUUAUAUUAAAUCUAAAUCUGUAUGCUAGUAUUUUCUUUCUUGUAGUUAUCAGUCUGGACCGAUGCCUGUGCACAUGGAUGGUUGUCUGGGCUCUAAAUAAACGAACUACACUUAAAGCCAAGAUCAUCUGCAUAAUUGUGUGGGUUUCAUCCAUCGGCUGCAGCUUUCCAUCCUUUAAAGUUUUUAGGUUUACUUUUACAUUUCUGUCAACAUAUGACUUUACAGUGGGCUUCCUCAUCCCCUUUCUGAUCAUUGCAUCUUCAUACACAGCUAUUGGAGUACGACUCAAACGCCUCAAAAGGGGAAAGCAUCUCAGGACGUACCGGGUCAUUAUAACUGUAACUCUGGCUUUUUUCAUAAGUUGGUUUCCAUACCAUGUUUUCAUUUUUUAUGCAGUAACUGCAGUAGGAAAUAACUGGUAUGAUAACAAAGUAUUGUUGACAGCAGUGCUUUUCUGUACCUACCUGGUUUAUCUUAACAGCUGUCUGAACCCCAUUCUCUAUGUGUUCAUGUGUGAUGAGUAUAAGAAGAAGCUUAAACAGUCUCUGCUGCUGGUGCUGGAGACGGCUUUUGCUGAAGAUCAUCUGGACUUUAAGGCAGAUACAAAAGAACGAUCAGGACAUGAAAACCCAACUGAAUUGUUAGAUAUGUAGA